AGGUUGAGUUCCUGUCUGUGCCUGCAUUAAAGUGGGAGGAGUGAAGACGGUGAGAGUAGGAAAGAGGCUGAAUUUUGUUCAUGGGUCAUUACAUUUGAAGGUGAGGUGUCACUAUAUGAGAGCUGCAGAACGUCUGAGGAUUCUUACAGAUUGCCUGCCUAUGAUGAUAAUCCAUUUCUAUGACACACAUUACCCUCUGAGAAGGCCUGCUGCACAAGGAUGCUAUAAACUUUACCUAAAUGGCGUGCAAAUGAAAACCACAUGGAUGGCAGGAAUGGAAAUUCAUCGAUAUCUAGAUAUAGAAAGAAUGGUUGCGCUGUAUUAAGCAAUACUGGGAUUACAGGAAGGAGAGACCCUACAGAUAGAUCCUGGUCAUUAUCAAAGGAAUUGCUUCAUGAUAAAGUCUUCUGCAAAUCUACUUCAGAAGUGAGGUUUUGGCAAAGCCUUACUCCCAUGUGUACUGUAAUAUAAGAGCAGUAACAUGGGAAAGAAACCAUAUAAGUGUGACAUGUGCGGUUGGACGUUUGCACAGUCGUCGGAGCUUGUGAACCACCUACGCAUGCACACCGGUGAGAGGCCAUUCAAGUGUGAGGUGUGUGAUAAGGGUUUCAGUCAUUCAUCAAGUCUCGUGAAACACCGGCACGUUCACACAGGUGAGAGGCCAUUCAAAUGUAAGGUAUGUGAAAAGGCCUUUGCACAAGCAUCAACCCUCCUACAACAUUGGCGCAUCCACACAGGCGAGAAACCAUUUAAAUGCAAGGUUUGUGACAAAGCUUUCAUGAAGCAGUUGCACCUAGUAGAACACCGGCGUACCCACACAGAGGAGAAAGCCUUCAAGUGUGAUGCCUGCAGCAAAGCUUUCAUAACGUCAACAGGCCUCCUGGAGCAUAAGUGCAUUCGUAAAAGUGGGAAGUUGUUCAGGUGUGAGGUUUGCAACAAAGAUUUCUGCAGCUCCGCUUACCUUGUUGUACACCAGCGUAUCCACACUGGUGAGAGACCGUUCAGUUGUGAGGUUUGCAACAAAGGUUUCUGCAAUUUAUCGUACCUCCGAAAGCAUCAGCGUGUCCACACAGAUGAGAGACCAUUCAGGUGUGAGGUUUGUAACAAAGAUUUCUGCAGCUCCUCAUACCUCCGAAUACACCAGCGCAGCCACACAGAUGAGCGGCCGUUCAGGUGUGACAUUUGUGAUAAAGAUUUCUGUAGCUCAUCGUACCUUGUAGUACACCAGCGCAUUCACACAGGAGAGAGACCGUUCAGGUGUGAGGUUUGUGACAAAGCUUUCCUAAGCUCCUCAUAUUUCCUGAGACACCAGUGUAUACCCACAGGUGAUAAACCAUUCAAAUGUGAAUUUUGCAAUAAAGGUUUCACCCAGUUGCCAGACCUUCUAAAACACCAGCAUACCCACACAGGUGACAGACGCUUUCAAUGUGACUUCUGCCAGAACUGCUUCACCUACUCCUCCUCUUUAGAAAUACAUAGACGCGUUCACACAGGAUAGAAAUCCUUCCAUUCUUCCUUUCUGUACCUUGAAUAAUUGGAGGCAUACCUGCCAUUAUGAACUGGAAUGCACAAUGUAAAAGGGUAGUGGAAGCAGAUUUAAUGGUAACUUUCAAAAUAAAUUGGAUACGUAUUUGAAAGGGAAAGAUAUGCAGGGCUAUGGGGAAGGAGCAAGGGAAGGGAUUAAUUGGAUAGCUCUUUCAAAGAGCUGGCAAAGGCACAACAGCCUCCUUCUGUGCUGUGAGAUUCUACCAUUUUACAGCUCCAGCAUGAAAUCCAGCAUUGCACUGCCAACUCCCUCUUGCAGUAUACUGGAAUGUACUUCUCUGAAGGGGGAAGUGGAGAUUAUUUAGGAAAAAAAUUAUAAGUAUACUGAGCGCCCAAGUGUUACCUCCUCUUGUCUGUUUAUCUGUCAUCUUUAGUCAUCUAGAGAGUCUUGUCAGAUAAUUGUGGGUAGCAUAUGCCUGAAUCUUGGAUAUGUGCUGCAUGAUGUUAAGAAUUCCCUCAACAUACUUGUGAAAUUCCUCAUUUAAUCUGUUUAAGAAAUAUUUUUGGAAGAAACUUCCACAAUAUAAUUUCCCUUUAAAGAUGUUAUUUUCUAAAUUCUAAAUUACAAGGUUUACAGGUAUCUUGCUUUGAACAUGAUUUGACCAUAGCAACCAUAUAACUAUUAUAGCUGUCUGACCACUAGUCACUUGAAUAACAUGGUUAUGAUGAACAGGUUCUCCACCCUAUCUAAUAUUGUAAAGUGUUUCCAUAUCAUAUUCACUGAUAUGAAUUUGUAGCAGAACCAACAUGUUGGAAUUUUUAAGUAGAGCUUUCUGUUUAGAUUUUAUUUUAUCUUGAUGUGAGAGUUUGAGCAUAAAUAAUCUGCACCAACUAUUUUGGAGUGAACAUUUAAACUCAUAAAGGAUAACUAAUUUGCUUGUGAUACAGCAACCAUAAGGGGGCCAGUUGGCUAGAUGGCAAGUGUGUGGUUCAGAAUAUUGCCAAUGAUGGAUUUACUUCCAUGAGUAGACUUGGGACCUGCCUCUUCUCCCUGCACCUGAGAGUGAAAGGCAAUGGCAACCCAAAACUGAAAAAGCUGUCAAGGAAACUGCUCAGGAUGAAGCAUCAGCAGACAAUGAGCUAAGGACCUGAAUUCCUAAAUGAAUGAAUGACAACCAUGUUACCAUUGUUUGACUUCAGACAAUGUUUGCAAGUUUAACAAUGUGAGAGAAGACAGAAUUAGUAUCUCUCUACCGGAUGCCUCAGCAGUGAAUAUCCUUCUGAGAAAGUAGUUGGUUCAAUAUUAACAUCAAUGACAAAACUGGCAUAUUGAUGAGGACAUCCUUCAAGGAAGCUUCAAACUUACUUGAAACAAAAUUAACAUUCUACAUACUAGGGACUGCCUUAGUUACAUGGGUUCACUUAGCUCAACCUAAUAUCAGUAUAACCAUGGGCCAUGAAAACUUCUUGGAGUUGCAGAACCCAUGCUUAAGUCAUCCAGAAUUCUGUGAAAGAUGGAAAAAAAAACUCCUCCAAGAUCUUUUAAAUAAAUUGGUUUUAGAAAACGGUUUAAACAUUGAUGUCAGUAAAUAUGUUGUUGUUGGUUAUCUUGUGCAAAAAUUUACAUCUUGCAAUAAAUUUGAUAUUUAGCUUUAGUCUAAA